ACGAAAAAAUAUGCAUAUCUCACGACAUCCACCGGUAGUGCUCACAGUGCAACAGAUGGUGCACCACAAAAUAUUUACAACUCAGUGAAGAACAGAGAGUUGAAUAUCAGCGAUAAGUAUUUCGAGAUUCUAAUUAUCUCUCCGAGUAUACGAAAACUUCCAAACAAUAAAAACAAUCUCGUAUCUUCAUUGUCAUCAAGCGAAGCAUCUCUUGUAUCUCGGGAUUGUUAACCACACGGAUGUGGAUAAGAUUGUGAAAGGAAACAUAUAAGAAGCCAAACGAAGAACAAGUCAUUCAUGCCGAAAAAUCAGUUACAAGUCAUUAAGAUGGUACUCCGCGUGUCACUUGGCCUUUGCCUCAUCGCACUGGUGCAAUCAAAGUUGGAUCGGAAUGUCUACAUCAUCAAUAAUUACGAGGACGAGCGUGACGUUUCGAGCGACUCCACCGGGAGCUUCGUCCCAACUUGGGAGAGUUUGGACUCGAGGAAGAUUCCCAACUGGUUUGACGACGUUAAAGUCGGAAUUUUCAUCCACUGGGGGGUCUUCAGUGUCCCGAGCUUCGGGUCUGAGUGGUUUUGGACUAACUGGGAAGGGGGUUCGGUAACAAUCCAGGACUUUAUGAAGAAAAAUUACAAGCCAGGAUUCACGUAUCAGGACUUUGCUCAUGACUUCACUGCUGAAUUUUACAAUGCCACUGAGUGGGUGGACUUGUUUGAGGCAUCUGGGGCUAAAUACGUUGUUCUCACUAGUAAACAUCAUGAGGGGUAUACACUGUGGCCCUCGAAGUACUCCUUCAGCUGGAAUGCAAAGGACGUUGGACCCCACAGGGAUUUGGUUGGCGAACUGGCAGAUGCUGUCAGAGCGAAAAAGGACAUGCAUUUUGGACUUUACCACUCCUUAUUCGAGUGGUACAAUCCAUUAUACUUGAUCGACAAGGCCAAUAACUUCAGCACUGAUAUUUUCGUUCAGAGUAAAGUUCUCCCAGAGAUGUACGAAAUAGUCGAGAAGUACAGGCCUGAAAUAAUCUGGAGCGAUGGCGACUGGGAAGCUACAGAGGUGUACUGGAAAUCCAAGGAAUUUCUCGUCUGGUUGUUCAAUGAGAGUCCGGUUAAGGACACUGUUCUCGUCAAUGAUCGAUGGGGCAUUGGCACCUCUUGCAAACACGGGAGUUACUACAACUGUGCUGAUAGAUAUAAUCCAGGAAUACUUUUGGAGUACAAAUGGGAGAAUGCAAUGACAAUUGACAAGAAAUCCUGGGGGUACCGUCGAAAUGCUCCUCUUGAGGAUUAUCAUACCGCUGGAGGAUUGCUGGCGGAAUUGGCGAGCACUGUCAGUUGUGGUGGUAAUAUUUUGAUAAAUGUGGGACCUGCGAAGGAUGGAGUGAUUCCACCCAUCUUCCAGGAUCGGCUCAAAGCAAUGGGUCGUUGGUUGAAGACUAAUGGCGAAGCUAUUUAUAAAACUCGGCCAUGGAGAACCCAGAAUGAUACAGUGACCGGUGAUACUUGGUACACAGUCAGUGCAGAUCACUUGAAUCUGUACGCGAUAGUCCUCACGUGGCCAGAGGACAAUGUUCUCAAACUUGGUGCUCUAUCGCCGAAGGAAAAAUACUUGUUCUCGAUGCUGGGAUUCUCAGGGACACUCAAGUGGGCGCCCGAGGAAGACAGAGUCGAAGUAUAUCUCCCUCCAAAUGCUCACAGAGGAGAGCCAGCAUGGGUCGUCAAGAUCAAGGGCCAAAAAUCAAAGGAUCUCUAUCAAAUAUAAACAUAUCACAACAUUUUCUUCAUAUUUUUUUUAUUAAAGGCGUCUUCGAGACUAAUCUUCUUUUAUAUGUAAGCCAGUUUUAUGAAUGAACAUUAACAAAAGUGUAAAAUAUAUUUCUCAUCUUUCAAACUCUCAA